UCACAUGUUUUAUAAGCAAAGCCAGUGUGGUGGACCUAACUCUUCACGCUGUCCCGAAAGAGACUCUUCUCUUCUCUCUUCCUCUUUCUUUCACACAACUCUCUCAUUCUACUCUCUGUUUUUUUUUUCUUUAAUCAUAACAUUUUUUUGAAGAACAGAGAUUUUUUUGUGUGUGUAAGAGAUGGGAAAUUGUCAAGCGGUUGAUGCGGCGGCGUUGGUUCUACAACAUCCUGACGGCAAGAUCGAUAGAUAUUACGGUCCUAUAUCCGUUAGUGAAGUCAUGCGUAUGUAUCCUGGUCACUACGUUUCUCUUAUUAUUCCUUUGCCAGAGAAGAAUAUUCCGACGACGACGACGACGACGGAUGAUAAGACUGAGAGAAGGGUUGUGAGGUUCACGCGCGUGAAACUUCUCCGACCAACGGAGAGUCUUGUACUUGGUCAUGCUUAUCGUCUCAUAACUUCACAAGAGGUUAUGAAGGUUUUAAGAGCCAAGAAGUAUGCGAAAACAAAGAAACACCAAAGUGAAACGAGUAAGGAGAAGAAGAAGCCGUCGCCGGAGAAGAAGAUUGAUGAAGAAUCCGACAAGAAUCAGAAUCUGGAAACGAAAGAUGAGAAGCAACGUUCAGUGUUAACGAAUUCGGCUUCAUCGAGAUCAAAAACAUGGAGGCCAUCAUUGCAGAGCAUCUCUGAAGCUACGAGUUGAUGUUUGGUUUUUAGCGUGAGGGACAAGAAACAUAGUCUCUGUGUAAGAUCAAUCAGAAGAUGGAAUCUGAAGAAGAAAGAGAGAUAAACAUUAUUGAAUAAACUCUUCUCUUGUGUUCAUUUCUGGUUAUUAUUUACAUAGGAGAUGAAAAUUUUAUAGAUUAAGAUGUAAAAAAAAAACUCUGCAGAGAUUAAGAACUAAGUCCCUUUUUUUGUCCUGUAAAUGUAUAUAUGUUCUCCAUGUGAAGCAAUCAAUGGAAAAAAAAGAUUGUAAAAAACA